AGGUUAUGCUUUGGGAGUGGGAAAAGAAGAUACUGAAAGGUUCCCACCAAUUGGAGUUAAGAACCAAAAUUUUGGCAAGCUUGCGGAGGCCAGUUCCUCCUCCACCAUAAAAAUUCACAAGAAAGGCACAAAACAAAAGCAUGAGCUAGCCUUCUGAUUCUUCCUCAAUCGACGUCGUUGAUGCCGUCCCUGUGUGGUCAGCAUCAUCACCACCUCCAUGCCUCCCAAACUUCCUCAUCCCCACCAAUUCAAGAAAAAACUCGCUCAUGACGGCGCUCGCCGCCGCACUCACCCCUUAAUCUGGCUCUUAGCCAUCAUCUGCACCAUCAUCGCCGUCGCCGUCGUUAUUGCCGGCAUCGUCGUCUUCAUCGGCUACCUCGUGAUCCACCCUAGGGUUCCGGUGAUCAGCGUCACCAACGGUAAUCUAGACCUCCUCCGAAACGACUAUGCAGGUCUUAUGCAGACACAGAUUACCAUCGUGGUGAGAGCUCAGAACGGGAAUGCGAAGGCUCACGCGACGUUCUCCGAUAUCCGGUUCAACCUGACGUUCCAGGGUCAGGGCAUCGCGAUGCUCGUGGCGGACUCGUUUGAGGUUCCGAAGAACAGUUCGAGGGAUCUGAAUUAUGUGGUUCAGUCUUCGUCGAUUCCGUUAACUCCUGAUCAGAUGGAGCUAAUAAACCAGGCAUGGAAGCAGAAUCAGAUCGCUUUUGAUCUCAAAGGAGAUGCCAGAACUCAGUGGAGGGUUGGCCCUUUGGGUUCUGUUAAAUUCGCUUGCCAUUUGAAUUGCAAACUCAGGUUUCAUCCCAUGAAUGGCACUUACAUUCCCUCGCGCUGCACUUCCAAGUCAAAAUGACCUCUUUUACAUAUAUAUAACCAUACUUCUUCUUCUUCCCAUAGUCACACAAAACCUUCUUCUUCUGCUUCUUUCGUCAAAGUGGAGAUGUUUAUUAGGUAAUAAUGUUAAUGGAUACCUUUAGAUUCCAUGCUUUUGUUUUUUAAGGUCGUUGUUAGAUAUGAUCUUCAGUUCUAUGUCCUCCACAGAAGGAUAAUUACUUAAUAGUUAAGACCCUUGAUAUGGCAGGUAAAUGCGUAAUGUUUUUUUUAAUUUUAUUUUAACUAUUAUGAUUAUUAAUAAUCUUAA